AUGCCCCAUUCACACCCAUCACCUACACCACGACCAUGCCCCCUUCACACCCAUCACCUACACCACGACCAUGCCCCUUCACACCCAUCACCUACACCACGACCAUGCCCCCUUCACACCCAUAACCUACACCACGACCAUGCCCCCUUCACACCCAUAACCUACACCACGAUCAUGCCCCCUUUCACACCCAUCACCUACACCACGACCAUGCCCCCUUCACACCCAUCACCUACACCACGACCAUGCCCCCUUCACACCCAUCACCUACACCACGACCAUGCCCCCUUCACACCCAUCACCUACACCACGACCAUGCCCCCUUCACACCCAUCACCUACACCACGACCAUGCCCCCUUCACACCCAUCACCUACACCACGACCAUGCCCCCUUCACACCCAUAACCUACACCACGACCAUGCCCCCUUCACACCCAUCACCUACACCACGACCAUGCCCCCUUCACACCCAUCACCUACACCACGACCAUGCCCCCUUCACACCCAUCACCUACACCACGACCAUGCCCCCUUCACACCCAUAA